CGGCGAAACCGAAAAGAAAGAGGAGAGAAAGAGAAAACAUGUCGGGACAGGACCUCUCAUCGUAUCCUCCCCUCUUUGUCCAGACAAGCGACUCAGAACGGUCGGUGGGAUUGGUUUCCGAUUCCUCCCCACCGAUCGUCGAUGACUGGGAUCCUUUCCCUAUCAUCGAUUUCCUGAAACUUAACCCGGAGGAGAUCGGUAAAGCUUGCAGGGAUUGGGGAAUGUUCCGAUUGGUCAACCAUGGAAUCCCUGAGGAGCUCUCUGCUCAGCUUCAAGAAGUGUCCAAGAAACUAUUCUCUCUCCCAUUCGAAACCAAGCAGGCUCAGCUCCAAAGCCCAAUGUCCUACUUUUGGGGCACCCCUGCCCUCACUCCCAACGGGGUGGUUGUCAACCAGGGCGUCCAGAAGGUGAAUAGGGUGGAAGGGAUAUUUGUGCUUCUGAGUCAAUUGUCUCAAAUGCCGCCAGGAGAUGAUGAUGUUCCAAUGUUGAACUCUUUCAGAAAUCUAUUGGAGGAAUAUGAGAAGCACAUGGCUCGACUAGCUAGGUUCCUAUUCGAAGCUCUAAGGAAGAAUGUAGACAUGGAUCCAAACUCAUCUCAAUCCUACCUAUCAGAAGCCACAGGGGUGGUUCGGAUCUACCGCUACCUUCAAUGCUCCGAACCCAACAAAGCAGAAGGGAUGGUUGCCCAUACCGAUAGCUCUGUUCUGUCCAUAUUGAACCAGGAUGAAGUGGGAGGACUACAAAUCUUUAAAGAUGAUAAGUGGAUCGAAAUAAAGCCAAUCACCAACACCCUCAUCGUUAACAUUGGUGACAUGCUCCAGGCAAUGAGUAACGAUGAAUACAAGAGUGUUGAACAUAGAGUGAUGAACAAACGGGCGGAGAGGAUCUCAAUCUGCUAUUUUGUGUUCCCUGAGGACGAGGGUGUCAUCCAAAGCACAAAGUACAAGCCCUUUACUUAUAAGGAAUUCCAAGCACAGGUUCAAAAAGAUUUGAAGACUAUUGGUAUCAAGGUAGGGCUCCAGCGCUUCAGGCUUUAGCAUAGAGAGCCAGCCAACCUCAACAUUCCCCCCCCCUCUCAA